AUGAGUGAAAUUCCUAAGGACUGCUUGAAGACCAUUCUUUUGGAGUUAGAAUGUCACUUCACAUGGAAUUUACUUAAGGAAGACAUUGAUCUGUUUGAUGUAGAAGAUACUAUUGGGCAACAGCUUGAAUUUCUCACCACAAAAUCCAGACUCACUCUUUAUAACCUAUUGGCAUAUGUGAAACACCUAAAGGGCCAAAAUGAAGAUGCUCUAGAGUGCUUGAAACAAGCAGAAGAAAUUAUACAGCGAGAACACUCAGACAAAGAAGAAGUACGAAGUCUGGUUACUUGGGGAAACUAUGCUUGGGUUUAUUAUUGCAUGGGUCAGCUUAAAGAAGCUCAGAAGUACAUAGACAAGAUAGGGAACGUCUGCAAGAAGUUGUCCAGUCCUUCUAACUACAAGUUGGAGUGUCCAGAGAUUGACUGUGAGAAAGGGUGGGCACUCCUGAAAUUUGGAGGAAAGUAUUACCAAAAGGCUAAAGCCGCUUUUGAGAAGGCUCUGGAAGCAGAACCAGACAAUCCAGAAUUUAACAUCGGCUAUGCCAUCACAGUGUAUCGGCUGGAUGAUUCCGACAGAGAAGGGUCUAUAAAGAGCUUUUCUCUGGGCCCCCUGAGGAAAGCUGUCACCCUGAACCCAGAUAAUUCCUACAUUAAGGUUUUUCUCGCACUGAAGCUUCAAGAUGUGCAUGCAGAAGCUGAGGGGGAAAAGUAUAUUGAAGAAAUCCUGGACCAGAUAUCAGCCCAACCUUAUGUCCUUCGUUAUGCAGCCAAAUUCUAUAGGAGAAAAAAUUCCUGGGACAAAGCUCUAGAACUUUUGAAAAAGGCCUUGGAGGUGACACCAACCUCUUCUUUCUUGCAUCACCAAAUGGGACUUUGCUAUAGGGCACAAAUGAUCCAAAUCAAGAAGGCCACUCGCAACAGACCUAAAGGAAAGGAUAAACUGAAAGUUGAUGAGCUGAUUACCUCGGCUAUAUCUCAUUUCAAAGCAGCUGUGGAGCGAGACUCUAUGUUUGCAUUUGCCUACACAGACCUGGCCAACAUGUAUGCUGAGGGAGGCCAGUAUAGCAAUGCUGAAGACAUUUUUCAGAAAGCUCUUCGUCUGGAGAACAUAACUGAUGAUCACAAACAUCAGAUCCACUACCACUAUGGCCGCUUUCAGGAAUUUCACCGUAAAUCAGAAAAUACUGCCAUCCACCAUUAUUUAGAAGCCUUAAAGGUCAAAGACAGGUCAUCUCUGCGUCCUAAACUGACAAGUGCUGUGAAGAAAUUGGCAACUAAGAGACUUGGGUACAAUGCUUCAGAUCUGCAGAGUUUAAGUGCCCUAGGGUUUGUUUACAAGCUAGAGGGAGAAAAGAGGCAAGCAGCUGAGUACUAUGAAAGGGCCCAAAAGAUAGAUCCAGAAAAUGAAGAAUUUCUUACUGCUCUCUGUGAGCUUCGACUUUCCAUUUAA